CUACGGCCCCGGCGCCGGCGCCGAGUUCUUACGAGGCCAGGGCCCCUCCUCUGUCCUCGCAUUCCAAGACGUGGCCUGGCGCCGCCCCGUCUGCCUGCCGCCCGACGCGCCGCAGGGCGACGUCGCCGCAACGCCGCCAACGAGCGGCGUCGGCGCCGCCGGCAGCCGGGGAACGUCGCUCGCGGAGAGCGUGGCGGCCGCGGCGGGGGCAGGCCAUUACGCGUGGUCAAACAGCACGAUCUGCUUUGCUGAAGAGUGCUACCGGGGCUAUCUGCACAUAGGGUCCGCCCGCAUCUUGAUCGCGCCACGAUCCGAGGACAUGGGGACGGCCGCCGCGCCUGGACGCGGCAUGUACAUGUGA